CAUCCCUCCACCCCCUCCCCCGCCGCCCCAUCGCCUUCAUCUCUCCAUCCUCUCCAUCCCUUCAUCCCGCCCCGGAGCCCCCCAGGACCCAGUGCUUGGUGCUGCUCCUCGCGCGCACUGCAUCCCGGGGGGUCCUCAAUCCAGCUCUGAUCCCCAAGUCCCUCUCUUCCAGCCUUAGUUUCCCCCACCCCCCGCGGCUCUCCCCAGGGUAUCUCCGCCCCUGUCACGGGAAGAUUUAGUCUGAGGGUCUCCCAAUUCCAGGGCGGCUUUGUCCCUCCAACCACGGGCCUGUGGCGCCGACUUCACCAUGAUUUCUGCCAAGGAGAAUAAAACGCCAAAGGACAGCAUGACGCUCCUGCCUUGCUUCUAUUUCGUGGAGGCUGGGGAAACUGAGGCAUGGGGUGAACCCCAGAGAGAUGCUGUCACUUAUUUCUGUCGUUUGCCUUGGACCUUGAGCGUGGAGGCACACAUCUGCGAUCCCGGCACUGUGGAGGUGGAGCUGCCCAUCGUGGCCUCAUCCAUCGUGUCUCUGUACUUCCUGGAGCUGACUGACCUCUUCAAGCCGGCGAAGGUGGGCUUCCAGUGCUACGACCGCACGCUGUCCAUGCCGUAUGUGGAGACCAACGAGGAGCUCAUUCCCCUGCUCAUGCUGCUGAGUCUGGCCUUUGCCGCCCCCGCAGCCUCGAUCAUGGUGGGCGAGGGCGUGCUGUACUGCCUGCAGUCACGGCUGUGGGGUCGCAGCGUGAGCACAGACGGGGCAGAGGGCAGCAUCAAUGCAGGCGGCUGCAACUUCAACUCCUUCCUGAGGCGCACUGUGCGCUUUGUGGGGGUGCACGUCUUUGGCCUGUGUGCCACAGCUCUGGUGACCGAUGUCAUACAGCUGGCCACUGGGUAUCAUGCGCCUUUCUUCCUCACGGUCUGCAAGCCCAACUACACCUUGCUGGGCACAUCCUGCGAGGCCAACCCCUACAUCACUCAGGAUAUCUGUUCCGGCCACGACACGCAUGCCAUCCUAUCCGCACGGAAGACCUUCCCGUCCCAGCAUGCCACGCUGUCAGCCUUUGCGGCAGUCUACGUGUCGAUGUACUUUAACUCCGUCAUCUCGGAUACCACAAAGCUGUUGAAGCCCAUCCUGGUGUUUGCCUUUGCCAUUGCUGCGGGCGUGUGCGGGCUCACGCAGAUCACACAGUAUCGCAGCCACCCUGUGGAUGUCUAUGCAGGCUUCCUGAUCGGUGCUGGCAUCGCAGCCUACCUGGCCUGCCAUGCGGUGGGCAACUUCCAGGCCCCACCUGCAGAGAAAGUGGCUGCCCCUCCCCCCGCCAAGGAUGCACUGCGAGCUCUGACCCAGCGAGGCCACGACUCAGUUUACCAGCAGAACAAAUCUGUGAGCACCGAUGAGCUGGGCCCACCAGGGCGACUGGAAGGAGUGCCAAGGCCUGUGGCCCGUGAAAAGACAUCACUGGGCAGCUUGAAGCGAGCCAGUGUGGACGUGGACCUGCUGGCCCCUCGCAGCCCCAUGGGCAAGGAGAACAUGGUGACCUUCAGCAACACACUACCUCGUGUUAACACGCCCUCGCUUGACGACCCAGCCCGCCGACACAUGACCAUACACGUGCCCCUAGAUGCCUCGCGCUCCAAGCAGCUCAUCAGUGAAUGGAAGCAGAGGUCGCUGGAAGGCCGUGGCCUGGGGCUGCCAGACGAGGCCAGCCCUGCGCAUCUGCGUGCAGCCACAGAGCCCAUGGCAGAGGAAGAGGAGGAGGAGGAGGAGGAGGAGGAAGAGGAGGAGGAGGAGGAGGAGGAAGGACCCAUUCCACCUUCACUCUACCCCACUGUGCAGGCCAGGCCUGGGCUAGGUCCUCGUGUUAUUCUCCCACCUAGGCCGGGGCCUCAGCCACUGGUGCACAUCCCCGAGGAGGGGGUGCAGCCUGGCCUAUCCCCCAAGAGCAGUGCUGCAGUGCGUGCCAAAUGGUUAUCCAUUGCAGAGAAGGGUGGGGCCCCCGUGGCAGUCCCCUCGCAGCCCCGGGUGGCCAACCCACCAAGGCUGCUUCAGGUCAUCGCUAUGUCCAAGGCUGCAGGUGGGCCAGGCCCCAAGGCUGCGGAGACGGCCUCCUCAUCCAGUGCCAGCUCCGACUCGUCACAAUACAGGUCACCAUCAGAUCGUGACUCUGCCAGCAUUGUCACUAUUGAUGCACACGCACCCCACCACCCUGUGGUCCACCUUUCAGCAAGCAACACUCCUUGGGAGUGGAAGUCAGCAGGUGGUGGUGCCAAGGGGGCAGAUGGUGAAGGAGGGUAUGAGCUGGGAGACCUGGCACGUGGCUUCCGUGGUGGGUCUAAGCCACCUGGUGUGUCUCCUGGCUCCUCCAUGAGUGAUGUGGACCAGGAGGAGCCACGGUUUGGGGCUGUCGCCACUGUCAACUUGGCCACGGGAGAGGGUCUGCCACCCUUGGGUGCAGCUGAUGGAGCGUUGGGCCACGGCAGCCGGGAGUCCACACUGAGGCGCCAGGCAGGUGGGCUGGGGGAGCGUGAGGCGGAGUCAGAAGCUGAGGGCUACUACAGGAGGAUGCAGGCCCGCAGGCUCCCAGACUGAGGCUGCUGGCUGAAGGCUGGGGGAGGGGCAGGAGGGCCUUGGCAUUUGGUAACUAAUAAAGGUAGCUGGUGACACCUGA